AUGGAGCAGACCUUCAUCAUGAUCAAGCCCGACGGCGUCCAGCGGGGCCUGAUCGGGGACAUCAUCAGUAGGUUCGAGAAGAAAGGGUUCUAUCUUAAAGGGAUGAAGUUUAUGAAUGUGGAGAGGUCAUUCGCACAGCAGCACUAUGCUGACCUUUCUGACAAGCCCUUCUUCCCUGGGUUGGUGGAGUACAUCAUUUCUGGCCCUGUCGUCGCAAUGGUGUGGGAGGGGAAGGACGUUGUAUUGACUGGCCGCAGGAUCAUUGGGGCCACUAGGCCUUGGGAGGCAGCCCCUGGUACCAUUCGUGGGGACUAUGCUGUGGAAGUUGGCAGGAAUGUCAUCCAUGGAAGUGACUCCGUGGAGAACGGAAAGAAGGAGAUCGCUCUCUGGUUCCCUGAAGGUCUGGCUGAGUGGAAGAGCAACCUUCAUCCCUGGAUCUACGAGGCUUGA